CCAGUGUAAGCCGAGCUACGUAUCCACACGGACAGUUGUCGUCAUGGCUUCAGUGUUUUCCAUUAUUUUCGUCUGUAUUUGACCACGGUAUGGGUAGACUAAAGUUUACCAGCAAGCAGUAUUCUCGCAACAACUAGUUGCCAACACUUAGAAGAAUUUAUUUCGCUAUUUUGUGUAUUUAUCUUCGUAAAAUGGUUAUUAUCAGCAAACUGAAGGCCUGCUUGGCCAUCUUGUUUCUCACUACCCCGGCACUCAUUGUGUAUUUUUCGUACAUGUUGGAUAUCCGAGGCGACUCGUACAGGAAGUAUUCAGAUUCCGUCCUCAAUCGCCCCUAUCAGCGAUUUGAAGAAUUCGACGAUGAUGAUGACACCGACUUCGAAGAGUAUGAAGGACUCGUAGAAAAGGACCCCUUCGAAUACGCGCAGCUCGAGCGCCGGUUUCAAGAAACGACCACAGAAGCACCAAAUUUAUCCACUCGUCCACACUCACAGAGGCGUUAUUUAUUGCCGGUUUUAAAAAUAUGGGGCGGAGGAAACAACGUCGAAUUCCAGUCGUUUAAGACUGUCGUAAUGCUGGCUAUGUACCUGAAUCGAACAGUGGUCUUAACGCCAUUUUACGACCAUGGGGGUCAUAGCCGAGAGGGCUACUCAGCGGAGACUCUAAGACAUUUCAAAGACACUAUUUAG